AGCUGUUACUUAUUGACCCGCGCAUGCGCACACGGGCGGCCCGCGCGCAGCCGGAGACGAGCGACACCGAUUUCCCGACGAGGAGAUGACCGCGUUUCUUUCGAUUCGUUCCGGUGGCUUUUGAACGCGUUUCACCUCCGCACCUCGAUGCUCCCGGGGGCCCGGGUGCUCGCGACAGAAUGGACGGCUUCAACAGAGUCGCUUUUCGCAAGAAGCCAGUCUGGGGUCUCGACACCGCGGAGCCCGAGGAAGCAGAGAAGAAAAGCAAGGCUGACUGUUUCCCGUCCAAGAACGCUGAGGAGGCCUGCGUGGCGGUGAAAAUUGAACACUCCCGAGCUCUCGGCAGCAGCCCGGCGGGCGAGAACAGCAACCCACCCAGUGUGCAGGCGUGUCUGAGUCGAGCGGGCCUUGGGACGACUGACCGGAGCAGAGGGGGAGUCAAUGGAAGAAGCUCUUGGUGCAGGCCCCGGCAGCUUUCUAAACCCAAAGUGCCUCCAAAGCCGCCACAUCUCCAGAGCCCGGUGACGGAGGUCAAAUCCCCGCUGGGCCACCUCCACAAAGCACCACUGAAACUGGGCAUGGAGGAGGGAGGAGGAGGAGGAGGAGGAGGAGGAGGGGGGAGAGGAGCUGUGAACCGGGAGAAAGUCAAAGAGAAACACUCCAAGGUCUCAGACCUCAUCAACCGCUUUGAAGAGAACAGCGGCGCGGAGAACAAGAGAGACAGCUCGCCGCUCAAACAGAUCAACAAGUCGUCGGACGGCAGCCCGGCUCACCGGGCCUUCCAGCGGCAGACGGAGCCCGGCGGGACUCGGGAGAACCGAUCCUCUGCGCCCGCCUCGCCGCCCGAGGAUGCCCACAAACCGGCGGCUAACGGGACGCUAGCUCAGAUGGAGCAGGACAAGGAGGAGGCGGACGUCCCGGGGAGGAACGGCGACGGCGUGAGGACGGAGGCCGGCGGGCUGGUGAACGGGGACGAGGGUCACGGGAGCACAGAACCGACGGGCGACUGUUCACCUCCACAAACGGAAAGGACUGCUGCAGGAAGUGCUGAGGAAGAGAAAGAGAGAGAGGAGGAGGAGGAGGACAACGACAUUGGGACUAAAAUAGAAAGUGAGCUUAGGAACGAAGAAGGGAGCACCGAACCUAAGGAGACCAAUGAACAGAAGCUGUUUAAGAUUGCCAGCGAGCUUUUGCACACAGAGAAGGCCUACGUGACGCGACUGAACCUGCUGGACCAGGUAUUCUGUGCCAAGCUCAUGGAGGAGGCAAAUAAAGGCACAUUCCCUGUGGACGUAGUGAAGAACAUCUUCUCAAACAUCAGCUCCAUCAACGCCUUUCACAGCCAGUUUCUGCUUCCGGAUCUGGAAAAACGCAUGGGAGAAUGGGAGUCCACGCCUCGCAUUGGAGACAUCCUGCAGAAACUUACACCUUUCCUCAAAAUGUACGCAGAGUACGUGAAGAAUUUCGACAAGGCCAUGGAGCUGCUGAAACAGUGGACUGAUCGAUCGCCUCAGUUCAAGGCCAUCAUACAGGAGAUCCAGAGUCAAGAGGUGUGUGGCUUCCUGGCGCUUCAGCACCACAUGUUGGAGCCCGUGCAGAGAGUCCCUCGCUAUGAGAUGCUGCUUAAAGACUACCUGAAGAAGCUGCCUCAGGACGACCCGGACCGGCGGGAUUCAGAGAAAUCAUUAGAAAUUAUCGCGACAGCAGCUACUCACUCCAACAGCGCCAUUCGAAAAUCCGAUAACCUGAAGAAACUGAUGGAGAUAUACGAGAUGCUGGGUGAGGAGGAGGACAUUGUCAACCCCUCGAACGAGUUCAUCAAGGAGGGCCACAUCCUGAAGCUGGCGGCCAGGAACACCUCGGCCAUGGAGCGGUACCUCUUCCUGUUCAACCACAUGCUGUUGUACUGCGUGCCCAAGUUCAGUCUGGGGGGCACCAAGUACACGGUGAGGACGCGGAUCGGCAUCGACGGCAUGAAGGUCCUGGAAACGUCCAACGAGGACUACCCUCAUACCUUCCAAGUGUCGGGAAAGGAGAGGAUGCUGGAGCUACAGGCCAGCUCGGAGCAGGACAAGGCCGACUGGAUUAAGGCUUUCCAGGAGACCAUCGAGAUCUUCCAGCAGAAAAAUGAGUCCUUCAAGAACGCACUGAAAGACGUGGAGGAAGUGUCGAAUGCAGAGCUGGGGAAGCGGGCCCCUCGCUGGAUCCGAGACAACGAAGUGACGAUGUGUAUGAAGUGCAAGGAGUCUUUCAAUGCGCUGACGCGGCGGCGGCACCACUGCAGAGCCUGCGGUUAUGUGGUGUGCUGGAAAUGUUCAGACAACAAGGUUGCGCUUCAGUACGACAACAACAAGACGAACAAAGUCUGCAGAGACUGCUUCUCUAUCCUCACGGGAGAGACGAGAUCCGAGGGCAAGAAGAAGGGCAUCCUGGAGAUCGAGGCGGCUCAGAUCACAGGCAGCAGCAUCAUGUGCGGCUUCCUGCAGUACUGUGAGAAGAACAAACCUUGGCAGAAGGUGUGGGGCGUCAUUCCCGAGAAGGAGGGUCUGGUGCUCUACCUCUACGGCGCUCCGCAGGACGUGAAGGCCCAGUGCACCAUCCCCCUCCUGGGCUACUGUGUGGACGACAGCGCCCGGACCACGGACCCCCCGGCAAGCUUCCGCCUCUCCCAGUCCAAGUCCGUCCACAGCUUUGCUGCCGACAGCGAGGAGCUCAAGCAGCGCUGGCUCAAAGUGAUUCGAGUGGCGGUGACGGGGGAGGUGCCCGAAUGCCCUCAGACCAACGAGGGCAACGCCAACCUGACGGACAACAACAACUCGCACGACGCCGGCAGCGACAGCUCAUAAAGGGGCGAGAGAGACGCAGGAGGUGCAGACGUGUACUAAGUAUAGAAGCUCACCCUACGUGCUGUCCUUGAACUUGAAGACAAGUGUGAGGGGGGGGGGGGGGGGGGACUCGAGGAUCUGGGCUGGAUACGCUGCUCUACCUUGCCCCUCUCGGGUUUCCCCCCCCUUUUGUUUUGGGUUUUUUCCUUAAACCCACUCAACGACGCUCUGACUCACUGCUGGAGCUGUGCAGGAUGACUAAAGGACACGACUAGUGCAAUUGACACUAGGACAGAGGGGACUUCCCUCAAACUGGGGCCCAUUAGGACAGCUCAAAGUCUUGAUGUGUUCCUCUGGAGCUGGUGGAGUACCACGGACGUACACCGCUCCCUGUACAGGAUGUGAACUACAGCAAAAGGACAGAAGUCUGCGUCUGCUGGUGCUGUGACGCAACUCUGCGGACGGUAUAAAUGUUUUUUUUUUGUUUGGUUUUCACAGAGUAACAUUUGUGUUGUGUACAUAAAUCAAUCUCAAACUUUUGUUUUGAUAACAUAGAAGACAUAUAAGUACGAUAAAGUAUUUACAGUAUGUGCCCCGUUCUUUGCUUAAGAUGGUUCUAAAGCUGUGAAAAAGAAUCAUGUGGUUGGAUAACGAUGACCUCAUCUCCCUCUCGCGUCCCUCGGUGAGGCCUCCUCGUCCAUCUAACGCUUUCCAACACUCUGGUGCACGUAGGCUGAUCCGUCGUAGUGUGUCUUCUAUGCAGCAAUGAAACCAGUUUGCCAAUCGAACCGUUUUUUUAAUAUUUAGGCAUCCAUCCAUAGCAGGGAUCAAUUGUGAGGGUUUUAUAUUUUAAACAAAGCAGCAGAGGCUGCGAUAACCUUGUAUACGUUUUAUUUAAGCCAACUGGAGCCUAAAAUUCCCACAAUGCAAUUUAGCAGCACCUUUCAUAAAGCCUUGUUGGCCAGCUAAAUGCUGAGGCUUUCAUGGCCAUACCAAGAGUCCGGCCUAACUCCGGAUAACCCUGAAGAUGUCAGUGACAUCAUGGGGGGGGGGGCUUUAGCAACCGAACAAAAGUAGUUCUCUCCAUGACGGGUAAAAGAGGAACUUUGGUAGAAAUAGCACACGGCAACCAGAGCAAUGUGCUCUGACAUGUGAUGGAAAAUGCAAAAAACUGAGGAUGAAUGUUGAAGCUUAACGAACAGGACACCUUUCAUGUGGAAGGGAGAUGAACCGGGACCAUCAGGUUUUCUAUGAAAAGCCAAAGCAGAACAAUCACGGAUCAAGAAAGCUGGCGUAAGAAAUGUACAUGUUUUUUUUAAUGCUGUAAU